AGAGCAAGAAGAAGAAGAAACAACGAGCUCAUCAUGUUUAGCAUCAUCGUGGUUCUCGUCCUCCUGACAGCUGGAUACAAAGCAGAGACCUAUGACAACCAACCCAACGGCAUUUUGUACAAGACAUGUCCAGAAGAUCAGCUGGUGUCUAUGAUUAAAAGCUCCUACGAUGACGGUGACAAAGAUCGGCAGUGGAAGAUCGAGUGCAAGGAUUUUGGCAAAUUGUCAAACUGUGUCUGGUUCCGCUUCGACAAUCUCCAUCACCAAGAACUCCAGUUCAACUGUCCAGCCGAUCAUGUGAUCAACAGCAUCCACAGUGUGUAUGACACCAACAAUGAAGACAGGAACUGGAGUUUCAGGUGCUGCACCGCUGCACUACUGACCACCUUUGAAUGUCGGGAAACGUCCAAGGUCAAUUUCUUCAAAGAAGACUUCACCUGGCACGUUCCUGGUGGAAACUUCCUCAAAGGCUUCAGCACCCAUGGCAGGAAUGAUAAUGGAGAUCAUCGCUGGAGUUUCAGCUACUGCAGAGCAGUCAUCAUGGAUUCUGAGACUCCGUCACCGAUCCUUGUUGCAAACAGUCCAACCCAACACUCUGAGACUGACGGAGAUAUUGUCGUCCAUUCAAGAGACAAGCGGAGCGUCAAAGUCUGUGAACCUGAGAACUGCUUCUGGUCAAAGGGAGCAAACGGACUGGUCCAAGUUCCAUACACAAUAAGUGACACCUUUACCAACAAUGAAAAUAGCACCAUUGAAAAAGCCAUGAAUGAAUUCCACUUGAGCUCAUGUGUGCGCUUUGUCCCUCGCAAGAGUCAGAUCAACUACGUCAGCAUUGUGAAGAAAGACGGAUGUUGGUCAAAGGUCGGUCGAAGAGGAGGUGAACAGGAGUUAUCUCUCGGGUACAACUGCGUGAACAACGGCCACAUUCAGCACGAGUUAAUGCACGCGCUGGGUUUUUGGCACGAGCAGAGUCGAUCCGACAGAGACGUCUACGUCAAAAUCAACUUGGACAAUGUCAAAGACGAGCACGUUAGCAACUUUGAUCGUAAGGAAACGCUCAACCUCAACGUCCCGUACGACUACUCGUCCUUGAUGCAUUACGGACGCACAGAAUUCUCAAAGAACGGACAGGACACCGUCACACCUGUGAUCGCCUCAGCAUCCAUCGGCCAGAGGAACGGUAUGACAGAGAAUGACUUUCUGAAGAUCAACAAGCUUUACAACUGCAAGAACUACCUCCAUAAGCGUGGAGAGUGGGACAGUGAGGUGGGGCAGAGUUUCACUUGCCAGUGUCCCAAGGGCCAAGCUGUUUCCAGCAUCACCAGCGCCUACGACAGUAUUGAGAAAGAUCGACACUGGGCUGUUACGUGCAAGGCUUUGGAGAAAACCCACGUUUGUCAGUGGUCGACUUUUACCAACCAGGCUUGGCACGACAUAAACUUUGAAUGUGGAGACAACAGCGUGAUCGCUGGCGUCCACAGUGUGUACAACCAUAUGAUGCAGGACAGGAUAUGGAAGUUUUACUGCUGCCGAGCCUCUGCCACCGUCAGCCUUUCCAACCUCAAACACACACCUCUGGUCAACUUCUAUGGCGAGUACUUCAGCUGGAAGGUCGCCAGCAUCAACUACAUCACGGCAGUGAAAAGCAGCUUUGAUACGACCACACGUGAUCGUCGAUGGAGCUUCUCAUACCAGCAGAGAAGUGUUGAGUGAAGCUCACAUGAAUCUUUAAAUACUUGCUGAUCUAGAUUAGAUCUUGUCAUGAUGGAAAAUAAUGGCUUCAACACAUGAUGUCUGUAUUUGUUCAUCGUAAAUCUUGUGGAUUUACUGCUUCAUGCUCACUUCUUGUAGAGUUUUGUACCGUGUUUCCUGAACUGUGUGUCGCUGUUGUUUCUGAAAUAAAUGCAACGUUAAAAACAGCA